GUGAAGAAGGAGGGUAGAAAAGAAAGAAAGAAAGAAAGACUUUUUUUUUUUUCCAACCUGAAAUAAUUUGUGAUUGCUUUUUAAGUUCAUAGCUAUCACCAAUUUGACAGGACUCAAUUUUGCACACAGAGUUUUAAUUUUUUUUAAACUCCACCUUCUACCAGGAUAUUUUUUUAAAUUUUUAAAUUUUUAAACCAAAAAAAAAAAAAAAAAAAUACUAUAUAUAUAUAUAUAUACAUAUAUUUUUGGAUAAAUUUGAACAUGGCAGUAGCCAACUUUCAUUACAUAACCAGAAUGAACAGCGGAUUUAAAGUCUAUAUCUUGGAAGGACAACCUAGCAUGAGAGCUGAAGACAGGUACAGGCAACUGUCCAAUCACAGGACAGGACAUCCUCCCGUCUACCCAAUCAAGCGCAAAUACAGCCCAGACCGCAGCCAAUUGAUUGAAGAGAGGCCGGUGAAAGUGUGGCGAUCAUCUAUGGCACUGAUAAAAAGAGAGAGGGCGCUGUUCGGGGACGCCACUCGCAGCUUCCAGAGGGAAUCCAGCCGCAGCCCCUCAGAGCGCCAGGCCCCGCCCCCGAUGGCCAUCACCGCGGCAAUGAGGAGGACCAGUCUGCCAAGCCCUGCCUGUGCCAGCCCACCAACGGACGAGCCCCUAGCUCUGAUCAAGAAGCCCGGCUACUGCUCCCCAGUUGAAGGCACUAUGGCUACCGGGACACUGCCAAGCCCUGGGGCAAGGAGUCCAACAGCCAGAGCACAGCAGAUGCGCCCUUCUGUGAUCACCUGUGUCUCUUCGGUUCAGCGUUCCAGCAGUCGAUCACCUGACCUGACCUCGAGCUGUUGCCCUACUGUUGCAGCGCCCCCUACUUGCGACCCAGUGGUGGAGGAGCAUUUCAGAAGGAGCCUGGGGGAAAACUGCAGAAAGGCAGAUUGCAGCUCGGCUUCAAUUAACAUCUCGGUGGAUGACCAUUUCACGAAGGCGCUGGGGGAGAAGUGGCUGCAAAUCAAGGCCACGUCCCCUCCAAACAGCCCCAGCUGUGCUUCCUCCCCAGCCAGGGCAAACAGCCCCCACAGCCCAGUUAGAGCCUCCCGGGGUGGGCAGCAGUCUCCAGUCUCCCCCUAAGCAGGACCAGAUUCGUGGUGGUCUUCAAGAAGUUGAAUGGAGAUCAGAACUGAUGCGCAGACUGGUACUGACGUCAGGGUGUCUUUGAGAGAAAAGACUUAGGUCACUGAGCGUCUAAAAUCCAAGCAGCAAUGUUAAUAGAAGUGGAGAAGCUUUAUUACAGUGUAUAAAAACAUUUUUUCACCAAAGAGUAGAAUUCAGUAGCACCGAGCUAAAGGAACACAGCAAGCUUAUAUCCAAAGAGAUUUUUUUAUGCAUUUACUGCCCCUAUGAUCAUAGGCGAUGUUCUGCGAGUUAGGUACACUUUAAAAGUCUUCCACUUUUAAAGUUAUGCUUUCAAUUAAAAAAAAAAAAAGAAAAACAGUGGUGUACAGAUUUCUAGAAAAAAAAGGGAGGAAAAUUCUUGCCUUUCAGAACGUACCAGAUCAGAGAUUUUGAGUAUUCCGGUAGGAUGUAAUUAAAAAACCAAACAAAAACAAAAUGUUGUCAAUUUGAAAUAUUUCUUGAUCCUUCGCUGCUUGGUCACUAUUGGUCAGAUUUUUCUAGAACUUUUCUAGAUUGUUCUAAAACUGUUAAUUUAUUGUGGUGUUCUUUUUUCUAUUUCUUUCUAGAAUCAUACAGGCUACCAAAGCACUCGGAAUACGUUUUCCAGAACUUUUACAGUCAAGUUUUUUUAAAUGCUUGUCCUUCUAACAAGUUCUAGAAGUAUGUUCCCUUGUUUAUAUUUUGUAUUUUUUUUUAUUAAUUCAAAUGUAUUUUUGGUCUUUUCCAUGUUUUUAUAUUAUUUAUUAUGUGGUAUUCUGCCUAUUGAUUGUCUUACUUGAAUUAUGUUGGUAAAACU